UCCAGCUUUCUGCACCGACCGAGAAGGUAGGCUGUCCACUAUCUGUUCCUGAUACAAAUCGACACCACCAUAACUGAAGGAAUUAUGUCGCAGAUGAAAGUCUCCUUCGACUAUUUACGACUAACUGUCUGUGAUAUGUAUGGUAAGUCAAAAGGAAGAAUUGUUCCUAGCCACCAUGCCGAACACACCUGUAGAACUGGAGUCACAGUAGGAAUAGGCGUUCCAAGGGCACUUCAAAAGGGCUAUGGCUUUGUAAUAAUUCCCGACCUCAGCACAAUGAAGACUAUUUCCUGGGAUGGAGGUGAACAGUACAAGGUGGCCGAGGUCAUAUGUGAUGCGUAUUGGUUGAAAGACAAGACACCUGUUACCUUUUUCCCGAGGUAUGCUGCUCAACAACAGCUUCAACGAUUGGCAGACAAUGGGUAUGCAAUGUUAUCAGGAUUUGAGAUGGAAUACAUGUUGUAUUAUAAAGGCCUACCUGCGUCGGGGAAAUCCCGAAUGCAUCACAUGGACCAUUUUACACACAGCGAUUUUCUCUAUGCCUUAGACAAAGGUAUGCGUAAUACAGGUGUUGAUGUAGAGAACUUCCAUACAGAGUGGGACGCUGGGCUCUACGAAAGCGUUUUGAAGGCAUCCAAAGGCAUCACUGCUGCUGACCAGGCUUUUACUUUUCGAAGUGGAGCCCUUCAAGUUGCAAGUAAGCAUGCAGAUUAUGAAGUAAGCUUUAACUCAAGACAAGAAACGGGUGAAGUCGGAAUGCAUUACAAUCAUUCAGUGUUGUCGAUGGAAAGUGGUGAAAAUAUAUUCAGUGAUUCAAGCAAGCCUGAAGGUAUAUCAGACUUGGGAAGAUGUUGGCUCGCUGGACUUCUGAAACACUCGAGGGCUCUUUCAGCCUUCUGGUGUCCGACUGUAUAUUGUUAUGAUCGACUCCACCGCCCAAGGAGACCAGGGAAUAUCAACUGGGCGUGUGAAAAUCGUCUUUCAUGUUUCCGCGUUAAAGCAGAUACUGAUACAAUAGGGGUCUACUUUGAGAACCGGAUUCCAAGUGGCAACAGCAAUCCAUAUCUGACUAUGGCUGCCACGAUAGCAGCAGGUUUAGACGGGGUAUUCAAUAACUUGGAUUGUCCACCUGAAUGCCCAGACACAGAAGAUCCAUCUUCUUACUCCACAGCAGCUAAUACUCUACCCACGUGUCUCCUCGAAUCUCUGUCUGCUCUCCAGGCAGAUACUGACAUGGUGAAUAUUCUCGGGAAGGAGCUGGUGGAAUGGUUUGUUGCAGCUGCAAAUAGGCACAUUGAAUUAAACAGCUGAUACAUUACUUCCAGCGAAUGUAUUCCAAGCCACCUAUUCCCUAAUAUAAUAGAUAACUGUUUUAGUGGCAGACAAUAUUAGUUGAGUUACGAUAAUUUGUUAGGGUCUGCUUGGUUUAUUCUGUAAAGUCCACAGUAAGGAGAGCCUUUCCUAUGUACAUCCUAUAUGUUGUGUGUAACCUGUGUUGUACAUUCGCAUGCUAAACAUCGGACCCCCAUUUGACGUAUCUGUUUCCAAAUAGCCUGAUGACAUCACUAACAACAACACUGCAGUAUAAUUAGAAAGCUGUCGACACGAAUAUAUACAAUUCCACACAAACAAAGUAUGGCUUACCUGGAUAAAGACAAUAGUCAUAUAAUUCCGUCAUAGUUUCCAUAUGUAGACUAUCCAUAAACCAUUUUGUAUAAGCAAACGACAAUACCAUCAUAGCAUACAGACUUAGAACUGAUCAUACCAUAUAUGUAUCUGAAUCCCAUUCUAUAGCAUCCUCUCUGUUGGACUAAAUUGGCCAUUCUGACAAAGGAGUACUGAAGCCUCAUCCAGAUUCAUAUCCGGUCAAAGAACUCACAAAUCUACAGUUCCACAAUAUUUCUCACAUAGAGUCAGAAAAUCAACAUUAAAUGAAAAAUAAAGACAUGGUGACAGUGAAUUAAAACAUGAUUUAUUCCAAAAAGUAUAAACAAGGAUUCAAAUGCCGAUGUGACGCACUAUGUGAAAAUUCGUAUCAUUUAUUUAUUGAAUAUCCAUUUUUAAAUCAGCUAGAAAGAAUUAAUGUACACU